AUGUACCUAAAGUGUCCGGCGCCGGUCGAUGUCCACAACGAUGCCGCCGAUCCAUUAAGCCUGAAUUCGAAGGAUAUCUUCGAGGAGAUUGGAUACCGGGCUUCUCAACAUUGGGUACCAGAAACGGACAAGCCUUACAUAUGCUCGAACUGCGGCAAAGGAUACACUCACAUAUUCACCCUUAAUCGUCAUCGUAGGACAGUUUGCGGGGGUGGCUUGUCGGGCCAACAGUUGGACGACUCGCUGACGCCGGACCAGUCCGGCAAACCUGUCUUUGUCUGUCCGAAAUGCGGCAAAGGUUACACCUGGAAGGCAAGCCUUCAGCGUCACUUGAGCACUGGUUGCGGAUUACCACCGAUGUUCUGCUGCAAAUUGUGCGACUACAGAACCAGCAGGAAGGACAUACUCUUCAGGCACAUGAGACACGUGCAUUCGCGACUUCCGGCUUAG